CAAUCAGGAGCAGCGGGGCGUCGCGGCUCUAAAGUUUGGUGACUUAUCAGCUCGAAACACAGCAACGUGGCUUCGAAGUUAAACUGAACGUGAGCGAACGAUAAACAGCUAAAUCCGCCUAAGCUGACAACAGAGGGGAAACUCGGCAAAAAAACCAGCCGCGCAGGAGGAGUUAAAGACAAAUAUCCAGACACUGAGUGUGAGUGUGCGCGAGCGCCCAGAGAGAAACCCCCCACCGCAGGAGGAGGUGAGAUGGAGAAGCCCCCGUUGCCUGGUGACGAGGAUGGUCCUGGACUGGAAGAGAGCCACUCUGCAGUGGCUCUGGUGUCAGUAGAUGGGGCAGAGUCUUUUGAGGCAGGGGAAGGCGAGGACCGCCCAGCAUGGGACAGUAAAUUGCAGUACGUCCUCGCUCAGGUGGGCUUCAGCGUAGGCUUGGGCAACGUGUGGAGAUUCCCUUACCUCUGUCACCAGAAUGGAGGAGGGGCAUUCAUGGUGUUGUAUGUGAUGUUGUUGUUGGUGGUGGGAGUUCCUCUCUUCUUCAUGGAGCUGGCCGCUGGUCAGAGUAUCCGGCAGGGCAGCAUUGGAGUCUGGAAACACAUCUCACCUCGCCUUGCCGGCAUCGGCUACUCCAGCUGCAUGGUAUGUUUCUUUGUGGCUCUGUACUAUAACGUGAUCAUUGCCUGGUCUCUAUUUUAUUUGGGAAACUCCUUUCAGUACCCAUUACCAUGGCAACACUGUCCUGUGGAACUAAGCAGCAACCAGACAGUGAAGGAGUGUGCUGCCAGCUCACCCACCUCUUAUUUCUGGUUCCGUAAGGCUCUUGAUAUCUCUGACUCUCUGGAUCAGUCUGGAGAGUUUAACCCUAUCAUAACUGGUUGCCUGCUGGCUGCUUGGGCUAUAGUAUGUCUGGCUAUGAUCAAGGGCAUCAAGUCCUCUGCCAAGGUGAUGUACUUCUCCUCUGUUUUCCCAUAUGCUGUGCUGUUCUGUUUCCUCAUCAGAGGACUGAUGCUGGAUGGAGCCAUUGAAGGAAUCACCUACAUGUUCUACCCUAAAUUGGAGAUCUGGGGGGAGGUGCAGGUAUGGCGUCAAGCAGCCACUCAAGUUUUCUUUGCUCUUGGUUUGGGCUAUGGCUCCGUAAUCGCUUACUCUUCCUACAACCCUGUCCACAACAACUGCCACCGUGAUGCUAUCAUGGUCUCUGCAAUCAACUUCAUGACCUCAGUCCUGGCCUCGCUUGUCGUCUUUGUGGUGCUUGGCUUCCGAGCUAAGAACAUCGCCCUGGAGUGUGUUGCAACAAAUAUGGGAAGAGUGAUGGAGAUGGCAGCUUCAGGCUUGUCUCAGCAUUGGUGGCCGUGGUUCAACAUGUCUGAUCCCAAAUCCGUGGACCUGCACGAGUACAGGCAGUGGUACAGCCAAUACGGCAGCGUGCUGCCAAACAUCACUGACUGCGACCUGGAGAGAGAAAUGAACAAGGGUGUGGAAGGGACUGGUUUAGCGUUCAUAGCAUUCACUGAGGCAAUGGCACUGUUCCCUGCCAGUCCAUUCUGGUCAGCUCUGUUCUUCCUCAUGCUGCUUAAUCUGGGGCUGUCCACCAUGUUCGGCACCAUGCAGGGCAUCCUUACUCCGCUCAUGGACAACUUUAGACUGCUGGGCCGCCACAAGACCAUGCUCACAGUGUUUAGCUGUGUCCUGGGCUUUCUGAUAGGGCUGCUCUUCACACAGCGCAGCGGCAACUAUUUUGUGACCAUGUUUGAUGAUUAUUCUGCCACUUUACCACUGAUUAUCGUCGUUAUCUUUGAGACAGUCAGUGUGGCGUGGAUCUACGGGGCAGAUCGAUUUUUGGAUGAUGUAGCAUUGAUGCUGCAUUGGCGCCCCCCUGUGAUCUAUAAGUUCAUGUGGAAGUAUGUAUGCCUGCUGGCUAUGGUGGGUCUGCUGACUGCUAGUCUACUGCGAAUGGUCUUCAAAUGGCCAACUUACACAGCAUGGAACCACACCACGGGUUCUGAGACUAGCCUGGAGUAUCCCGGUUGGGCGUUGGUGAUGCUGUCCAUGCUCAUAGUCACCGCCUCUCUCCCAGUGCCUGCUGGAUACCUGUAUUCUCUACUAACCCAGAGGCAAGAUCAACCAGAAGAAGCAGGCAUGACUGAGCGGCAAAGAGAACGGUACUGCAAAUGCAAUUCUGCUGAGCCUGAACUAAACAACCACCACCCCCUGUUGGACGAGGCCGGCAGCCGGCCGCACUCCACUUUCCUGCCACUGGGGGUGGAUCACUACAGGCCCCUCCCACAGCAGGAAGAUGAGGAUGAGGAAGAGGACACAGAAAUGUAAACAAAGUAGCCAAAGAAGCAGAAAAAGGAUGAUGGACGAGGGAUAGAAUGAGAAGGGAGAGUGGGGUAUUUAUUAACUGAUGCUGGAGUCUUUAUGGACAGACAGUAGAGGGACUCCAUUUAUCCUCAUUAUGCUAAUGAAUUCUAUAAUUAUGUAAUGGUGUCCGUUAGCUUGCUGCCCGGCAUGAGAGGACGCUCUUUAUAUGAGUGAUCCCAUCACUGUAUUUCCAUCUGUGUAUGUGCCCUUAGGUGUACCCAGGUCAGCUGCCAGUAUUGCCUUCCUAAAGUGCCUUAUUGAACACUUCAGUUACCUCACUAUUUGUGUUUUUAUCACCCAAGGAUAAUAUUAAUGUAUUAAAGGAAUACUCCAUACUUUUUAAAACCCAAUCUCUGUCUGCUGCAUCUGUAGCACAGAUGAUUAUUCUGAGAAGUUUUGAGUUAACAAUCCCAUUAACUCAAAACACCCUUUGACUUUUAUUAUAAGCGAGUUUUAAUUAAUCAGGUUUUCUGUUCUUUUCUACAUGGAAAUUCGACUAUAUGCUAGAAUUGUGACAGACAGAGAUUGCAUUGAAAAUAACUGGAGGAUUCCUUCAAGAAAACUAUGGGUGGACAUCAAAGGGACAGAAAGUAUGUUUAUGUGCACAAAUGUUUUUUUUUUGUAUUUCUUUUCUUCUUGUCGGUUUAUUAUACAUUUCACGAUGUGAAUGUAGUAAUAGCUUAAGUAAUGUGGUAAUGUUGGGUAUGGUGAUACAGUGCCAGGAUUUAGUGGGUGAACUGUUACAUUUGGAGUUGCCACCUUUUCAACAAGCCAAAACUUGACACCCCUGUGCCCACACAUUUGUAUUUGAGCUUGCCGCUGUCAGUAGUAGUUUGUCCUUUAAAACAUAGAAGUUUAAGUGAAUUUGCAAAUUCUUCAUUUCAAAGCCAUUAGACCAUUCUUUUUGGAAAGAUCAGUAGCGCUUCUUUUUAAGGAUUUCUUUUUGUACUUCCUAUUCAUUUCAGAUGGACACUGUGACUUCAGCUCUCUUCAUGAUUGGCCAUAGUGUUUAAAAAAGUGCCAAUUAUUCUAUAUGACACAACUGGACAAAUUGACAGUGGAAGAAGGAAGUAGGAAGUGCCAAAUGAACUGACCACAGUUAUUGCACAUCCCCCUCACCCCCCCAUCCUCUACAACUUGGACGAACAUUGAACCAAAAGGGACAAAUGACAGUUAAAAACAAACACACAGCAUGAAAACUGGACUGUCCAGGUGAAAAACGGAUGGUUAGCAAGCCGAGUUAAAUUGUGACUUAAAGUAAUAUUCUAGCAUUUUCUAACCUAAUCUCUAUCUGCUGCAUCUCCAUUGUAUGGUUACCACAGAAAAUGUGUUUCUCUGCGUUUAGGAAAUUACUGGAAACCCCUUGACUUAAAAGGCGCUAAUAAUAGAAACCGAUGAGACGCUGCCAAAUUUUGAAAAUAAAUAUUUGAAAUAGGGGUCGUUCCAACAGUAUAUUAGGAUACGUGCAUUAGCUGACAUAGACAUGGAAAUGUCUUACCCAGGUUGUUCUGAUGUAGUUAUAUUCAGCUUUCCAACACUAGAGCAACACUGUAAAUAACAAUUCUAGUUACAUUCACAAGUUUUUCUGGUAUCUAUGCCAGAUCAGGCAGGAUUGUAUCAAACUCUACUUGUUGCAUAUUAUGCAUAUAAUUGCAUAUUCUGUACUGUGAUAUUGCUGUUAACAGUGAGACACCCACUCUAUAGUGCUAAAGUUGGCAUAAGGUUGGAUAACAGACAGCAUUGCUGUUGAAAAAAGUGUUUUAGCUAGAAGUCCAGUGAUUAAUCCUUACGACUUGUUUUUGGCUAUGAAAUGCAUCAGGUUGCAUAAAAUUCAGACCUAGCUGCUCAUACACUCAACAAAAGUCCAUGGAUGAGCGUUGGAAAAGAUGUGCCAAAAAACUUGUGUUUAUGUUUUACUGAACCUUCCCUUUUUGGAGUUUGUACUAAUCCUCAUGCUAAUAAUACCCAACACCAUAAAACUCACCCAGUCAAAAAUAGCACACAUAGAGAGCACAGACCUGAGAAUAGAACUGAGGAAUGCGCUUAGUCAGCCUGCAAGGUCAGAGUGGACUGACACGAACAGACAUGUUCCUGCAUGCUGAGAAACCAUUGGUUAAAGAAAAGCAGGGAAGGUGCCUCUUUGGUAACGGUGGUCUAGUGUGUGGCACCUCAAGGCGAGAGCAACUCGCUAAAGGAAUGCAGCACAGAAGAAUGCAGUCACACCAUUACACAAACACACACCUACACAAGCACACAGACCUAAAUAUGUAUUCAGGCAGCUUCCCCUGUGCAGCCAGUGAGACAGUAAAUAAGUACUGUAGAGCGUGUACAGGCUUGGUCUGUUCUUAAAAGCCAUAUGAAAGAGUCUAUACAUUAAGCUAAGUCUCAUACUUGAUUGUUUAAUUUUUAACAGAUAUCUACAUGUUAACCUCCUUUUUAUGUAUUCUGUAUUAGUGCAUAUUCUUUGUUCUGACUGACUGUGUUAUGUGUGUAUGUGAGAUACAAUGUAAAUCUUAGAUAUUUUGCAUUUUUGUGGUGAAACAAAUCUUUGUCUAUAUACCACAUAAAAUGUACAUAGAAAUA